GGCUUUGCUUUUACGUUUUUAAACCUUAAAGGCCAAUUUCGUAAUUUCAAUUCCGUCUUCCUCAUUUCCCUUUCCGUUCUUCGCGUUUCCUCGUUAAACCUCUAUCAGAUCCAAACCCCCUAAUUCCAUUUCAGAACGGUCACCUAUUCGACUCAGUCUUACCCAGUCAGACCAUUCAAAUCUAGAGCUCCAAUUCGUCCGAGCCGGGCUCGCAGACAUGGCUAGGGUUUUCGACAAUUGGGAGCGGCUGGUGCGGGCCACACUAAAGAGGGAGCAGCUCAGAAGUUCCGGCCAAGGCCACGAGAGGGUUCCUAGUGGAAUCGCCGGCGCUGUCCCACCAUCGCUGGGAAAGACCACGAACAUCGAUGCGAUCUUACAAGCUGCCGAUGCGAUUCAAGCUGAGGACCCCAACGUCUCCAGGAUUUUGUGUGAGCAGGCGUAUGGUAUGGCGCAAAAUCUGGAUCCGAAAAGUGAUGGUAGAGGUGUUCUUCAGUUUAAGACUGGAUUGAUGUCUGUAAUCAAGGCAAAACUUGCAAAAAGAGAUGGGGGUCAAAUAGAUCGUAAUCAUGAUAUUGAGCACCUUUGGGACUUUUACCAGCGGUACAAACGACGACAUAAAGUAGAUGAUAUCCAGAGACAGGAACAAAGAUGGCGUGAAUCUGGAACUUUUAGUGCUGGCCUUGGCGAUUAUUUAGAAAUGAAAAAGACAUUUGCCACCUUGAGGGCUAUAGUUGAAGUGAUGGAGGCACUUAGCAAAGAUGCAGAUCCUAAUGGAGUUGGGAGACUUAUUACGGAGGAGUUGCGAAGAAUUAAAAACACCGAUGCAACAUUGUCUGGGGAUUUGGCCUACAAUAUUGUGCCUCUUGAAGCACCAUCAUUGACCAAUGCCAUUGGAGUUUUCCCGGAAGUGAGAGGUGCAAUAUCUGCAAUUAGAUAUACUGAGCAAUUCCCCAGACUUCCUGCUGCUUUUGAGAUAUCUGGACAACGAGAUGCUGACAUGUUUGAUCUGUUGGAAUGUGUGUUUGGUUUUCAGAAAGACAACGUAAGGAAUCAGAGAGAGAACGUUGUUCUUACAGUUGCAAAUACACAAUCUCAGCUUGGUGUACCUGUUGAUGCUAAUCCAAAAAUAGAUGAAAAAGCAGUCAAUGAGGUAUUUCUGAAAGUUCUAGAUAAUUAUAUAAAAUGGUGCAGAUACCUGCGGAUACGACUUGCAUGGAAUAGUUUAGAAGCAAUUGAUCAAGACAGGAAACUUUUUCUGGUUUCCUUGUACUUUCUGAUAUGGGGUGAAGCUGCAAAUGUCCGCUUUCUUCCUGAAUGUAUUUGCUACAUAUUUCACCAUAUGGCCAAAGAGUUGGAUGCAAUAUUGGAUCAUGGAGAAGCUAAUCCUGCUGCCAGCUGCAGAACGGAGUCUGGAUCUGUAUCCUUCCUUGAGCAAAUCAUUCAUCCUAUAUAUGAAACAUUGGCAGCGGAAGCUGCAAGAAACAAUAAUGGGAAAGCUGCACAUUCCUCAUGGCGGAAUUAUGAUGACUUUAAUGAAUACUUUUGGUCACCUGCUUGUUUUGAGUUGAGCUGGCCUAUGCGGAAGGAUUCACGAUUUUUGUUGAAGCCUAAAAAAGGGAAAAGGACCGGAAAAAGCACUUUCGUCGAGCAUCGAACCUUUUUUCACUUGUAUCGAAGUUUCCAUCGCCUGUGGAUCUUUUUAGCUUUGAUGUUCCAGGCUUUGACAAUUAUAGCCUUUCAUGGUGGACAUAUCAAUUUGGAAACUUUUAAAAUUGUUCUUAGCAUCGGGCCAACCUUUGCUAUCAUGAACUUCAUGGAGAGUUUUUUGGAUGUGUUGCUCAUGUUUGGAGCUUACACCACAGCCAGAGGCAUGGCUAUCUCUAGACUUGCAAUUAGAUUUUUCUGGUUUGGCUUGACCUCUGUCGGUGUGACAUACAUUUAUGUGAAAGUUCUGCAAGAAAGAAAUGACAAAAACUCAGAUUCAUUCUACUUUCGGAUAUAUGUUCUUGUAUUGGGCAUUUAUGCAGCUUUGCGCAUUGUCCUUGCACUAUUACUCAAGUUUCCGGCAUGUCAUUCACUUUCUGAGAUGUCUGAUCAAUCCUUCUUCCAAUUUUUUAAGUGGAUUUAUCAGGAGCGUUACUUUGUUGGACGUGGCCUUUAUGAAAAGAUGAGUGAUUAUUGCAGGUUUGUGCUCUUUUGGUUGGUAAUCUUCGUCUGCAAGUUCACUUUCACCUACUUUCUCCAGAUUAAGCCUCUUGUUGAACCCACAAGAAUAAUCGUGAACCUUCCAUCUUUGGAAUACGCGUGGCAUGAUUUGGUCUCAAAGAAUAACCAUAAUGCAUUGACUGUAGCUAGCCUAUGGGCUCCUGUUGUGGCUAUCUAUCUCAUGGAUAUUCACAUAUGGUACACUCUCUUGUCAGCCAUAAUUGGUGGUGUAAUGGGUGCAAGGUCGCGGCUAGGCGAGAUACGCUCAAUUGAAAUGGUGCAUAAACGUUUUGAGAGUUUUCCCGAAGCUUUUGUCCGAAAACUUGUCUCACAAAAUAAAAGGUUGCCAUUUAACAGUCAGUCAUCUCAGGAUUCUCAAGAUUCAAAGACUUAUGCAGCCAUUUUUUCUCCAUUUUGGAACGAGAUAAUAAAAAGUUUGCGAGAGGAGGAUUUUAUUAGUAAUAGGGAGAUGGAUUUGCUUUGUAUUCCUAGCAACACAGGAAGUCUAAGAUUAGUUCAAUGGCCUUUGUUUCUUCUGAGUAGUAAGAUCUUGCUGGCAAUUGAUUUGGCUUUGGACUGCAAAGAUACACAGGCAGAUCUUUGGAAUAGAAUAUGUAGGGAUGAGUACAUGGCUUAUGCUGUUCAAGAAUGCUAUUACAGUAUCGAAAAAAUAUUGUAUUCUCUGGUUGAUGGUGAAGGGAGACUUUGGGUUGAAAGGAUCUACCGUGAGAUCAACAACAGUAUUAUGGAGGGUUCUCUCGUUAUAACUUUAAUCCUUAAGAAUCUUCCGCUGGUGUUAAAAAGAUUUACAGCUUUAACUGGGCUGCUGAUACGCAAUGAAACUGAUGUGCUUGCAAAAGGUGCUGCUAAAGCUGUAUUUGAUCUGUAUGAGGUUGUUACUCAUGACCUUUUGUCAUCUGAUUUGAGGGAGCAGCUUGAUACAUGGAGCCUUUUAGCAAAAGCAAGAAAUGAAGGGCGCUUGUUUUCUAGGAUAAAGUGGGCCAAUGAUCCAGAAACUAAAGAGCUGGUGAAGCGGUUACACCUUCUUCUUACUGUAAAGGAUUCUGCAGCAAAUAUUCCAAAGAAUCUUGAAGCAAGAAGAAGAUUAGAGUUUUUUACAAAUUCGUUAUUUAUGGACAUGCCUUCAGCAAAGCCAGUUAGUGAAAUGGUGCCUUUCAGUGUCUUCACCCCAUACUACAGUGAGACUGUACUUUAUAGUUCCUCCGAAUUGCGGGUUGAAAAUGAGGAUGGAAUAUCAAUUCUUUUCUAUCUUCAAAAAAUUUUUCCAGAUGAGUGGGACAACUUUUUGGAACGGAUUGGUCGGGGUGAGUCUACUGGGGAUGCUGAGCUGCAGCAAAACUCAAGUGAUUCUUUGGAGCUUCGCUUUUGGGUAUCUUAUCGUGGGCAGACUUUAGCCAGGACCGUGCGUGGUAUGAUGUAUUAUAGAAAGGCUUUAAUGCUACAGAGUUAUCUGGAAGGAAGGUCAUUGGGAGUGGAUGAUCAUCCUCAAAAUGUUGCCUUCACAAGUCAAGGCUUUGAGUUGUCACGUGAAUCCCGAGCACAAGUAGAUUUGAAGUUUACUUACGUGGUAUCAUGCCAAAUUUAUGGGCAACAAAAGCAGAGAAAGGCACCAGAGGCUGCUGAUAUAUCCCUUUUGUUGCAGAGAAAUGAGGCCCUUCGGGUUGCGUAUAUACAUGUUGAGGAGAGUGGUGCAAUUGAAGGAAAAACCACAAAAGAAUUUUAUUCAAAGCUUGUCAAAGCCGAUAUACAUGGAAAGGAUCAGGAAAUAUACUCCAUUAAACUUCCUGGUGAUCCGAAGCUAGGUGAAGGGAAGCCUGAAAAUCAAAAUCAUGCCAUAGUCUUCACUCGUGGAGAAGCUGUUCAGACUAUUGACAUGAACCAGGACAAUUACCUGGAGGAGGCAAUGAAAAUGAGAAAUCUCCUGGAGGAAUUUCACAAAAAUCAUGGCCUUCGACCUCCAACUAUUCUUGGUGUGAGAGAGCAUGUCUUUACAGGAAGUGUUUCAUCUUUAGCAUGGUUCAUGUCCAACCAAGAGACUAGCUUUGUGACUUUAGCCCAACGAGUUUUAGCUUAUCCUCUAAAAGUUCGCAUGCACUAUGGACACCCGGAUGUGUUUGAUCGAAUUUUCCACACUACCCGAGGUGGUAUUAGUAAAGCCUCACGUGUUAUUAAUAUUAGUGAAGAUAUUUUUGCAGGGUUCAACUCCACCCUGAGGCAGGGUAACAUUACACACCACGAAUACAUUCAGGUUGGAAAAGGAAGGGAUGUUGGGUUAAACCAGAUUGCAUUAUUUGAAGGGAAAGUGGCAGGUGGAAAUGGGGAGCAAGUCCUUAGUAGGGAUGUGUACAGGCUUGGACAACUCUUUGAUUUUUUUAGAAUGUUCUCUUACUUUUACACAACCAUUGGUUUCUACGUGUGUACAAUGAUGACUGUCCUCGUAGUAUACAUAUUCCUAUAUGGAAGGGUUUAUCUGGCUUUCUCUGGACUUGAUCGUGCAAUUGCAAAGCAAGCAAAAUUGUCGGGUAACACAGCAUUGGAUGCUGUUUUGAAUGCACAGUUCUUGGUCCAAAUUGGAAUUUUUACUGCAGUGCCAAUGGUAAUGGGCUUUAUACUUGAACUGGGAUUGCUGAAGGCGGUUUUUAGUUUUAUCACAAUGCAGCUUCAGUUAUGUUCUGUGUUCUUCACGUUCUCGUUAGGAACUAGAACUCAUUAUUUUGGGCGCACCAUCCUCCAUGGAGGUGCAAAGUACCGAGCUACUGGUAGAGGCUUUGUUGUUCGUCACAUAAAGUUUGCUGAGAAUUAUAGGCUCUACUCUAGAAGUCAUUUUGUCAAAGCGUUUGAAGUGGCUCUGCUUCUCAUAGUUUACAUUGCAUAUGGGUACACAGAUGGUGGUGCUGUUUCUUUCGUUUUGCUAACUCUCAGUAGUUGGUUCCUAGUCAUCUCCUGGUUGUUUGCUCCCUAUAUCUUUAAUCCCUCUGGUUUUGAGUGGCAAAAGACGGUGGAGGAUUUUGAUGAUUGGACCAGUUGGCUUCUUUACAGAGGUGGAGUAGGAGUUAAGGGAGAGAAUAGCUGGGAAUCUUGGUGGGAUGAAGAGCAGAUGCAUAUUCAAACAUUGAGAGGUCGUAUAUUGGAAACAAUUUUGAGCUUGAGGUUCUUCUUGUUUCAAUAUGGCAUUGUGUACAAACUCCAUAUAACUGGAAAGGGCACAUCACUUGCGAUUUACGGCUUCUCUUGGGUUGUAUUGGUAGCUAUUGUCAUGAUUUUCAAGGUUUUCACCUUCAGUCCUAAAAAGUCAGCCAACUUCCAGCUAGUGAUGAGAUUUAUACAGGGUGUGGCAUCCUUGGGACUUGUUGCAGUUAUUGCUCUUCUUGUUGUAUUUACUGGACUUUCAAUACCGGACCUAUUCGCAAGCUUCCUUGCAAUUGUUCCUACUGGAUGGGCCAUAAUAUGCCUAGCCAUCACUUGGAAGAAGAUCGUCAGAAGUCUGGGCUUAUGGGACUCAGUAAGGGAGUUUGCCAGAAUGUACGAUGCUGGUAUGGGUAUGCUCAUUUUCGCUCCAAUAGCAUUCUUGUCAUGGUUCCCAUUCAUCUCCACCUUCCAGUCUCGGCUUCUGUUUAACCAAGCCUUUAGCCGUGGGUUGGAAAUCUCGCUCAUUCUUGCUGGAAACAAAGCUAACGUUGAGGUCUGAUUGGUACACCCCUCCCUUGAAAUUUUUGGCCACUGCAACUUUCCAGAGAUUGUAUAUUUUCGACUGAUACGGCUUGUAUGAUAUUGUACUUUUUGUUCAUGUACGGCAAAGGUAGAAGAUGAUUGUCUCUGUAAAUAGAUGAUUUGUAAAAAAUUGUAGCUGUGGCUGAGAAUUAUUUUAGUGAAUUCUUUGACGGUGGUUGGAGUGGAAGGAGGUCAUUUGGGAA